AUGCCUGGCUCAACGGUCGAGACUCCAGCCGUUGCGCUGUCUUUCGCAAACAAUUUCUGGGGUAAAGAAGAUGCCGGAGUUACGCCACUGCUCAGUCGCAUGACGGCAGCGAAGACAACAUGCGAUGAACUAAGAGCAUUCUAUGGCGCUCGAGCGUCGAUUGAAGAAGAAUAUUCCCGUAAAAUGCUAAACCUUAGCCGCAAGGCCUUGGGUUCUCAAGAAUCCGGCACACUGAAGACAUCGUUGGAUACAGUCCGAGGCGAAGUGGAACAGAUGGCCAAACAGCACCAACUCAUCGGCGCAGAGAUGAAGUCAGAACUCGAGGAACCACUCGCUGCUUUCGCAGGAGGAAUGAAGGAGCGCCGAAAGAUUAUACAAAACACUGUCGAAAAGCUACUCAAGGUCAAGAUGCAGCAAACCCAGCAAGUCAACAAGACAAGAGACAAGUACGAGCAAGAAUGUUUGAAGAUUAAAGGCUACCUGGCUCAAGGCCACAUGGUCAUGGGCCAAGAAGAGCGUCGUAACAAGGCGAAAUUAGAAAAGACGCAGAUCAGUCUCGCAGCCUCCAGUACCGAAUACGAAAACGCCGUGAAAGCACUCGAAGACACAACAGCAAGAUGGAAUAGAGAGUGGAAGUCGGCUGCCGACAAGUUUCAAGACUUGGAAGAAGAGCGCCUAGACUUCACCAAGAGCAGCUUGUGGACGUUCGCCAAUAUUGCGUCGACUGUAUGCGUUAGUGACGAUUCAUCGUGCGAAAAGAUCCGACUGUCUUUGGAGGUUAUGGAUGUGGAGAAGGACAUAAUCACAUUCAUCACCGAGAAGGGAACCGGACAAGAGAUUCCAGAUGCGCCCAAAUACAUCAACUUCUGCCGUGGGGAUGUGACGGACAACCAGUCUGAGACGUCAGAAGAUGACAACUACUCUGUUGCCCAGUUCCCUCGCAUGAUCAACCCUGCUUUCCGAUCAUCUUCUCCCCAGCCGUCAACCUUCGAGUCGCAUCAUGACCCAAACUCUGCAUUAGCCAAAGAGCUGGCACACAAAGACAACGCUCCUGCCAAGCGUGAGCCCAACGCUCCAGUCCCGAAGCCAGCCACGUUGCCUCCUGACGAGAUACUUCAAAUUGGCGCUAAGAAAACCCAGCACCAACAGAUUCAGGCGCCUCCUCAGCAGCGUCAACAGCACCAAACGCAAAUACAACACUCCUCUCAACUGCAGCAUCACUCUCAGUUGCAGCGUCCUUCCCAGUUUCAACAACACACCCAGCUGCAACAUCCUUCUCAGCUGCAGCAUCCUUCCCAGCUACAGCACCCUUCUCAGCUACAGCAUCCUUCCCAGAUGCAACGUCCUUCUCAGUCGCAGCGUCCUUCCCAACUUCAGCACCCAGCUCAGCUACAGCACCCCUCCCAACUCCAGCACCAACCUCAACAUCAAUACUCUCCGCAGCGACAGCACCCUUCUCAACAGCCCCCACAGAGUAUGGAUCACCGCAUGCAACAACAAAUGAGACCUCUGGAGAUGAGACCUGCAGACAAUAGGGCUGCAGACAUGAGAAGUAACAACAUACGACAGCACGAGCCCAGACCUUCUUUGGAGAUGCGCCAUUCUGGAGAAGUACGACCUUCGAUGCAGUCUAGGCCUAGCGUCGAUACGAGACAAGGAUCAGAUUCAAGAACAUCUUUGGAGCUACGACGGCCUAUCGAGGAUACUCCUCGGCGUCAGCAACCUUCGGCUUAUACUGCAUAUGAUGCCAGCCGCCACGGUCCGGUUUCAGCAGUCCCCCAUGAUCCCUAUCCCACGGAUGGCAUGACCAUGCUCUGCAGGACUGGACCAAGCCCGAUCUCGGACCACAGUUCGCAGGUGACAUCGGCUCGACCUUCAAGCAGGGACUCGCAUAGUGAUUAUUCGAACCCGAACUCAUUCUCUAGCGUAGAGCCCCCGAGUGGCAAGACUUCGCCUGUCAAGCAAGAUCCCAUCAGGCAAGAUCCGGCUCCUGCUCCAGCCCCUGCCCCCGUGCCAGCUCCUUUACAAGCGCCAGCACCAGCACCAGCACCAGCACCCGUUACAGUCCCCACGCCAGCGCCGGCUCCUGCACCUGCGCCCAAGGCAAUCUCUACACCUGUUGCUACCCCUGCUGCUGCCCCUCCACCCGCCGCCGCUGCCCCUACUCCUAGCCCAGUCAAGCUAGUAGCUAAGAAGAAGAGUGGUGGUUUCUUGAAGAACCACAGUCCCUUCAGACGCAAAAGUCAGAAGGAACUUCAACAAUCAAACAGGAACACUUGGCACGCACCAAGCACACAAAACUCGACCAGCCCGGUUCGUAGACCACAGCUACAGACUCAAGAGUCAACGAACAAUGUGGCGACCCAGGAACGCACUCAAAGCCCUGAGCCAAUCGAUGCCAACGCUAGCCUGGCUCUCGGUGUUGGGCAGAAUGUCUUCUCAGUUUCAACACCUGAUACGAAGAAGAAGCCUGGCGCUGCUGCCGCAACUCAAGAACCAGCAGAAGAGACAGAUCCUAUCGCACUUGCUCUCGCCGAACUCAAGGGUGUUACUUUGGGUCAGAAUUCGUCGAUGAGGGUCUCAGCCGAUCAUUAUUCCGGCCUUGCAUCACCUGCACCAGGGUCUGAGGCUGCUUCACGACAGGCUUCUGCGAAUCGAACAGUACCGACCCCGACCAAUCCUGAUGUUGCAGCUGCAAAGAGAGGAACACCUCCGCCAUCGUAUCAAAACCCGGCAUCACGCUUGGGUGUUCCGCCCCCCGCUGUCACUUCAAGGGCGAUGAAGGAGGCCACAAAGAAGGCGACCUCGCAAACACGCAGCAUGUUUGAGAAUGGAGCCACCUCACCGGGAGCAUUCAACAGCACUUCUUCAAGAACCAACACUCGUGCCACUGAGACUAAACGAACAGAGCCAUCCUUGAGCCAAAGUGUUCCACUAACAGCUUCACGACCUGCCACCAGAACCGCUACACAUGGUAGAGGCGAAUCGGGAAGCUAUAGUUCAGCAUCCAUGUCUCGUCCUGGCACUCGCGGUACCGAAAUGGGUCGAGGCGAAGCUGGCGGUUAUGGCACAGCACCCGUCGGACGAUCAGGAACGAGGGCAACUGAUAUGUCUCGCGCGGACACGCGUGCCUUCAAUGCCACUCCCCUCUCGCGGCCUGGCACAAGGGGAAGUGACAUGUCCCGUGGCGGAACCGGUAUUUACGGCUCGUCGCCGGGCUCACGGCCCGGUACCAGAGGCGCCGAUAUGCCGAGAGCCACGUCGCCCGCACCAGCCAGGAGCGUUUCACCUCAGCCACCUAUCAACGACAACAUGAGUUAUAGAUCGGUGUCUCCGAACCCUUAUGCUGCCAGCCAACGCUCUCCUUCCGUUAUGAGCUCGCCUCAGAAGAACGGCUCCGCCCAAGGUUACUACCCCCAGUCACCUGCCAGCCGAGGCCCUUCCCCUUCACCUUAUGGCCAGCAGAGUCGACCCGGAAGUGGUUAUGCAGGCAGCGACAUGGCAAUUCAACUAGCACCAGUCUCUGACCCUUAUGGUUCUGUGAGAAGUCGAGGCAGCCGCCCUGCUUCCAGAGCUAACAGCUACUAUGAUGACGGAAGCACUCGUCAACGCAGCCAGAGUGUUGCCGAUCCUUCGCGACUGUAUACCCCAGAUGGUCGAGCUAUUCUGCAUUAUGCACGCGCUCUAUAUAUGUACCAGGCCGCCAUUCCUGAAGAGCUGGGCUUUGCCAAGGGCGAUUAUCUUGCUGUCCUACGUCACCAGGAUGAUGGAUGGUGGGAAGCAGAAGUCCAUGGCGGAGAUGGAAGUGUCGGGCUGGUCCCAAGUAAUUAUCUUGCGGCAUGCUGA